ACAGCUCUUGAAAUCAGUAGUUUGGAAGACCUCAAACCAAGUGGGGACACACAAGGCUUGGCAAUAGAUUUUUUCUUUCACCAACCGUAUAUUAAUUUUUUUUUCAACUAGCUAGCAUACAAAAAAAAGGAAGCACGAAUUUCAAGCGAAAUAGGCAUUAUUAAUCCCGCUUAGUUUGACUUGGUGAAUUUUUGGAUGUUGUUAUUUUUUUUAAACGGAUGCUGUAUUUGAAUUGCGGAUAGUGUUAAAAUUUUUAAGAUUCUGACCUUUAUAAUAUUAAAAGUCGAAAUUUUGUAUGAAGUGUUUUUUUGAAAUUAUAACGGAGAAAGUGUUGUUUGAUAUAUAAACCACAAUGGAAUUCAAAUAGAAAGUUUCAAUUUAUAAAAAAGUAAACAUUCUUAUAAUUGUUAAAGACAAUAAACGACGGACUAAGUAAAAAGUUUGCAUAGAUUAUGAAUUUCCAAAUUUAUAUGAUAUCUAAACUAUCCUUUAAUCUGCCGGAGUGUGUUUGAAACAUUCGCGGCUGGUGUUAUAUAUUGUGACGAAUAUAUAAAAAAUAUAAAAAGGUGUUUGACAAUUGGAGAGCUCUAUUUAUAAAUUUUAAGUGCAGUGAACCGAGAGUAAAUUAAAAAUCAAAUCCUUCCACAAUCCGUACAAGUACAACGGAAUCAAAUUCCAUCAGUUUGUUAAAGAUGACAGACGUGCCUAGUACAGAUGGUGCUCUAGACGAAUCCUUUAACAUACGACCGAAGCGAACAGAUGAAGCAAUCGAAAUGCCUUUGUUAAGAAAUCCAACAGAAACGUCCUCAGCAGGAACGCAGCAUUGUCAGGUCGUAAAAGUUUCAACAUUACCUGAACGUGGUACAUGGAGUAGCAAAUUAGAUUUCAUUUUAUCGGUGGUCGGUUUAGCUAUCGGAUUAGGCAACGUUUGGCGUUUCCCAUAUUUAUGCUAUAAGAAUGGUGGUGGUGCAUUUUUAGUUCCAUACUUCUUAACACUAAUUUUAGCUGGUAUACCAAUGUUUUUCAUGGAAUUAGCUCUUGGACAAAUGUUAACAAUUGGUGGUUUGGGUGUUUUUAAAAUUGCACCGAUAUUUAAAGGGAUAGGUUACGCAGCUGCUGUUAUGUCCUGCUGGAUGAAUGUCUAUUAUAUUGUGAUAUUGGCAUGGGCUAUCUUCUACUUUUUUAUGUCAAUGCAAUCGGACGUGCCGUGGCGAACAUGUAACAACUAUUGGAAUACAUUAAAUUGUGUCAAUCCAUAUGAACGCAACGAUCUACUCUGCUGGGAGCAAGUAAACAAAAUCAAUGGCAGUUUAACGAAAAUUUGUAGUCUUGCUGCUGGCAACAAUAUAUCAGCUUCCGAUAUCACUGAUCCUGUUAAGGAGUUUUGGGAACGUCGUGCGCUAAUGAUCUCAGAUGGAAUUGAACAUGUGGGAAGUAUCCGGUGGGAACUAGCUGGAACUCUGUUACUUGUAUGGAUUCUGUGCUAUUUUUGCAUUUGGAAAGGGGUUAAAUGGACCGGAAAAGUUGUCUACUUCACAGCUUUAUUCCCUUAUAUUUUAUUAACGAUUCUACUGAUUCGUGGCAUUACAUUACCUGGAGCUGCCGAAGGGAUCAAAUUUUAUAUAAUACCGAAUUUUUCAAAAUUAAGUGAAUCGCAGGUCUGGAUAGAUGCAGUUACGCAGAUCUUUUUCUCAUAUGGACUUGGUUUAGGAACACUAGUGGCUUUAGGAAGUUACAACAAAUUUACAAAUAACGUUUACAAGGACGCAUUAAUUGUGUGUACAGUAAACUCAAGUACAAGUAUGUUUGCUGGGUUUGUAAUAUUUUCGGUUGUUGGUUUCAUGGCACAUGAACAACAACGUCCUGUUGCUGAAGUAGCUCUUUCAGGUCCUGGGUUAGCAUUCCUUGCAUAUCCUUCUGCAGUACUUCAAUUGCCAGGAUCACCUUUAUGGGCAUGCUUGUUCUUUUUUAUGCUUCUAUUGAUUGGCCUGGAUUCUCAAUUUUGUACUAUGGAAGGAUUUAUUACGGCCGUUAUUGACGAAUGGCCACAGCUGUUACGGAAGCGAAAGGAACUUUUUAUAGCCGUAGUGUGCGCGUUAAGUUACCUGGUUGGAUUAUCAUGUAUAUCACAAGGAGGAAUGUACGUCUUUCAAAUUUUGGACUCUUAUGCAGUAAGCGGUUCAUGCCUGCUGUUCUUGAUCUUUUUCGAAUGCGUGUCGAUCUCUUGGGCUUACGGUGUUGAUCGUUUCUAUGAUGGUAUCAAGGAUAUGAUUGGAUAUUAUCCAUUGGUUUGGUGGAAAUUCUGCUGGUGUAUAGCAACGCCGUUAAUUUGUGUGGGCGUCUUUAUAUUCAAUUUAGUCCAAUGGACACCUAUAAAAUAUUUAAAUUAUUCAUAUCCCUGGUGGUCGCAUGCAUUUGGAUGGUUUACAGCCCUUUCCUCGAUGCUUUGUAUUCCUGGCUAUAUGAUUUGGUUAUGGAUGAAAACGCCAGGGGAUCGAGCGACGAAAAUUCGGCAGAUUGUUCGGAUAGAGGACGAUGUUCAAUCGCUACGUGAGAAAAUGCGACAAGAAAACGAGAAAGUCGAAACAUACGCUUUAUAAGUUUUCUUCUAGUAAAUAAAUUAAAACUGCAAAGUUAUACUACAUACAUUAGUAAAGGUGGAAGAUUGGUAUAUCUAUCUGCCUUUGCUUCGGACAAGGGCAAAAUAGCGUAACAAAGUUGAGUAGAAGAUUUAAGCGAAUAGAACAAUCGAAUAGAAACAAGAAGAACUUUGCAAUCAUUAGCCAACAUUUGAGAGUAAGACGAUUUUUUUUACCAAUGUAAAAAUCCCAGCUACCUAUAUAUUUAUGUUUCACCUCACUCUUUCCUCGGCUACUACUUUCAGCACAUACAGUUGUCUUUUCCCUUAAAAUCAAAGGGCAGGUAAAUUCCAGAACAACGACGUAUUACUUUUCUUAGAUUUUAGAUGAAACAGUUUUAGUGACAUCAAUGAAAUAUUCUUAAUUUUUAAGAUCUUGACAUGUUAAAGAUUUGUUCACAGAUAAUAUUUCGAUCUAAAACAUAUUAUGCCUUCAGACUUAUGAAAAUGGCGACCUUGAGGCGAACAAUACUAUUUAAUACGUUUUAAUUUUUCCCUUGGAUCAACGGAGGGAAAAUAAAAUAUCGAAUAUGGUUACAUGUGUUCACUGAGAGAGAAAGACAAUAAAAAUUAAAAACAAAUUCUAGAGUGUAUUAAAGAUAACAAAAUGUACCACGAUUAAUCAAAAUUAAUUCAGUUAUCCGAGUGCCAUACGAACCAAAGAAAAUAAUUUACAAUGCUCAAAGCUAAGUCUAUGAAAACAAGUUUAGAUAAAUUCAAUUAAAUUUAAGAUACAUUUCUCCGGCAAAAUAUGGAAAAUAUUAUGUUCAAUUACAGAGAAAGCGGUGAAAUUAUAUAUUAGCAAACGCAGAUCUAUAUUCAAUUGAACUCAACUUAUGCGAUAUUUGAGCGCUGUUUGAGAAAAUGGCAAAUAAAUAAAACACAAAAAAAAAAAAGAUAUUACAAGUUUCACGUCAUGAUAACAAUAAAAUAGCAGAACUGCUAAAAUAUAGUGCGUUGUGGAUAGGUUAGUAACAAGAAAAUGAAAACAAUAUACUAUACACUUGUUCAACAUAGUUAAAGUGGAAUAAAAGUAAGGAAUUAACAAAAAAGGAUACUAAAAUAAAA